AUGGAAGAACCUCAUCGAGUCACAACCGAUGUUUCAUCUUAUCCCGGCAUCUCGGUCAUCGCCAUCAAUCGCCCUCAUAGGAAGAAUGCCGUCGACCCCUUGACUGCGAAAGCGCUCUACGAAGCCAUUCUCCUCUUUGAGGAAGACCCGAAACAGAAAGUGUGCGUUCUGACAGGCACCGGGAGUAGCUUUUGCGCUGGAGCCGAUCUCCAUGCCGUUGCUAAGGCCGGUAAUGACGAACCUGGCGAAAACCUCCAGCCUGUGAACGGUCGGAACUUAGGGCCAAUGGGUCCCUCCAGACUUACUAUCAAAAAACCCGUCAUAUGUGCUAUCGCUGGAUAUGCCGUGGCAGGAGGCUUGGAGCUGAGUUUGCUUGCAGACAUGCGCGUGGUUGAAGAAGACGCAGUCUUCGGCGUCUUUUGUCGGCGGUGGGGUGUACCUCUGAUUGAUGGAGGAACUGUCCGAUUGCAAGCCAUUGUCGGACUGGGUCGUGCCCUGGAUAUGAUUUUGACCGGUCGGCCUGUGAGCGCCCAGGAGGCACUUAAUAUGGGACUCGCCAGCCGGGUGGUUCCUAAAGGGGAUUCGGUCAAGGAGGCCAUCGCGAUUGCAAGACAGCUCAUUACGUUCCCUGAACUUUGCCUCAACACAGACCGCCAGUCAUGCUAUUACAGUGCUUAUGAGGCAUCUUCGUUCCAGGAUGCCAUGGCCCACGAGUUUGACGUUGGGAGCAGGGUGAUCUCAAAGGAAGCUAUUGCAGGUGCCGCUAAGUUUAGCAAAGGUUUAGGGAGGCAUGGCAGCUUUAAGGAUCAUAGCAAGCUGUAA